CUUUGAAUCGAAGGUUUGAAGAUUCAAUUAAAAAAAUACAAACUCCAGCUCUCUCUCUCUCGGGUUUCUAAUCAUUGGAGAAGCAUCAAACCAAACCAGCUGCUGCUAAUUAGACAUUGAUAUAGGAAGGAAGCAAAGGGGCUUUGCUUACUUUGAAUUUGGUAUGAAACGAGGAUUCUCACAAUCUCCUUCCAGCUCUACUCCUCCUCCUUCCUCCAGAUUCAAACCCAACCCUCCAGGAGGUGAUUCAGAGUAUGAUGAAGAGGAGAGCACAAAGAACUUUGCGAGGAAAGUAGCAGAUCAUUACAGUCGAAGAACAAACCAAACAUUGGAAGAGAGAGAAGCUAGUCCCAUCAUUCAUUUGAAGAAACUUAACAAUUGGAUUAAAAGUGUGUUGAUCCAGCUUUAUGCUCGUCCUGACGAUGCUGUUCUAGACCUUGCCUGUGGGAAGGGUGGUGAUUUGAUCAAGUGGGACAAGGCAAGGAUCGGGUACUAUGUUGGAAUCGAUAUAGCUGAAGGUUCGAUUGAAGACUGUCGAACGCGUUAUAAUGGGGACGCAGACCAUCACCAACGCCGUAAGAAGUUCAGCUUUCCCUCCCGUUUAUUAUGUGGUGAUUGUUUUGAGGUAGAACUAGACAAGAUUCUUGAAGAGGAUGCCCCUUUUGAUAUCUGCAGUUGCCAGUUUGCAAUGCAUUACUCAUGGACUACUGAGGCACGUGCACGACGAGCUUUGGCUAAUGUCUCAGCUCUUCUUCGUCCUGGAGGCGUCUUUAUCGGAACAAUGCCUGAUGCCAAUGUUAUCAUUAAAAAACUCCGACAAGCUGAAGGUUUGGAGAUUGGUAAUAGUGUGUACUGGAUUCGUUUUGGUGAAGAAUAUUCUCAAAAGAAGUUCAAAUCUAGCAGCCCCUUUGGUAUCGAAUACAUAUUUCAUCUCGAGGAUGCUGUUGAUUGCCCUGAAUGGAUUGUGCCCUUUAACAUCUUCAAGUCUUUAGCCGAAGAGUAUGAUCUAGAGUUGGUGUUUGUGAAGAACUCACACGAGUUUGUCCAUGAGUAUAUGAAAAAACCAGAGUUUGUAGAACUCAUGAGAAGGCUUGGUGCUCUAGGUGAUGGUAAUCAAGACCAGAGCACGUUAUCAGCUGAUGAAUGGGAUGCUGCAUAUCUAUACCUCUCUUUUGUCUUGAGGAAGGGAGGAGGACACUCUGUUGGAGCUCAAAGGAGAGGAGGGAGGAGGAAGAAUGGGAAAAUGAACUUAUCCAAAGACGAUGUUUUGUAUAUUGAUAACUGAAGUGUAAAAGAGUGUAAUUUUACACAAUGGAGAGUCUCUCAAGACUGUUUUUCUGUGCUAUGCUUUAGUAGAAUAUACCAUCAGGACUCUGACCAUCAUCAUCAUCAUCAUGAUAAAACUCAUGAUUUGUAGUAUGUUUUUCGCAAAUCACUUUGUAUAACAGGUUCAAAGGCGUUUUGUUUGUAUU